GCGGCAGGCGCUGUCAGAGCCGCGGCUGCACCGGAGCAUCGGCUGCCGCCGAGGGGACUCCGCGCCCUCCGGGUCGGCUCGGCUCCGGCCGCCCCGCGCCUCCCCCCUCGCCGCCCCCCGAGCCUGCCCCCCUUGCUUCCCCCACCCCGUCCCCUGUGCCUCCCCCGCCCCUACUCCCCCACCCCCUGUCUCCCAGCCUGCGCCCUCCCAGCGCUCCCAGGCUCCGGUUGCAGCCUCUCUGAGCCCAGGAGCCGGGCCGGGGCGGCGGGCGGGCGGGCGCGCGGACCCCGCGGCUAUGAAGUGGCCCCCAGGGGCCCGGAGCCCGAAAGCCCCCGGGGAGGGAGGUGCGCGCGGCCCAGGGCAGCAGCCGAGGGGCUCCGGGGCCGGCGCAUAGGGGCCGCCGCCCACCAUGGACCGCGCCGGGGUCGAUCUGGACUCGCCACCGCAGGUGUCCACUUCACAGGGUUCCUGAUCUUGCCCUUGGACAGCCACCCCUUCUCAGUCUCCAGUCUGGCCAGACUCCGCAAACCUGCUUCCGCAAUGGGUAACGAGGAGCUGUGGGCCCAGCCAGCCUUGGAGAUGCCGAAAAGACGGGACAUCCUUGCGAUUGUCCUCAUCGUACUGCCCUGGACACUGCUUGUCACCGUGUGGCACCAGAGCACCAUCGCGCCUCUGCUCACCACGCAUAAGGAUGACGGCAGUGACCCCCGGCGCGACGCGCCCCCGGGCGCCGACCCCCGGGAAUACUGCAUGUCGGACCGUGACAUCGUGGAGGUAGUGCGCACGGAGUACGUGUAUACACGGCCCCCGCCGUGGUCGGACACACUGCCCACCAUCCACGUGGUGACGCCCACCUACAGUCGCCCGGUGCAGAAGGCUGAGCUGACGCGCAUGGCCAACACGCUGCUGCACGUGCCCAACCUGCACUGGCUGGUGGUGGAGGACGCGCCGCGCCGGACACCGCUCACCGCACGCCUGCUGCGCGACACCGGCCUCAACUACACGCAUCUGCACGUGGAGACGCCCCGCAACUACAAGCUGCGCGGCGACGCCCGCGACCCGCGCAUCCCACGGGGUACCAUGCAGCGCAACCUGGCCCUGCGCUGGCUGCGUGAGACUUUCCCGCGCAACUCCAGCCAGCCCGGCGUGGUCUACUUCGCCGACGACGACAACACCUACAGUCUGGAGCUCUUUGAGGAGAUGCGCAGCACCAGGAGGGUGUCUGUGUGGCCUGUUGCCUUCGUUGGUGGCCUUCGGUACGAGGCCCCACGGGUCAACGGGGCAGGGAAGGUGGUCGGCUGGAAGACAGUGUUCGACCCACACCGACCAUUUGCAAUAGACAUGGCUGGAUUUGCCGUCAACCUGAGGCUCAUUCUACAGCGUAGCCAGGCCUACUUCAAGCUGCGUGGUGUGAAAGGAGGUUACCAAGAAAGCAGCCUCCUCCGAGAACUUGUUACCCUCAAUGACCUGGAGCCCAAGGCAGCCAACUGCACCAAGAUCCUGGUCUGGCACACACGUACAGAGAAGCCAGUGCUGGUGAACGAGGGGAAAAAGGGCUUCACUGACCCUGCUGUGGAGAUCUGAGCCCCAGGAUACAGGAGCCUCCUUCUCAGAUCCUGUGCCUGGCCUCCCAUCCUCUCCCCAUGGCUGAUGGUCCCUCCGAGGCAAACUCCUAAGGAAUCACCAUCAUUCUACUUUCUAUUCUGGGAGCUUCAGAGAGAGCCCAGCUUGAUGCCAGGACAAAGGACGGAGAACCUAAAGCACAGAAAUCCCAGACCUGUUGUUCUCUUCCAUCUAGCAUGACCAGGGGCCCAGCUGCUAGCCAAGCCAUGCCAGCUAGAGAACCAGUGCCCCAGCAUGCCUCCCCAGAGCUUCCUGCACUGACAGGGCCUGCGGGAGCAGACGCAGUGGGCACUGAAGCCCUGGAGUGAGGCCAGGCUGGAGAGAGGUGAAAAGACCCCGGCUGUCAAGUGCAGUGUGGCCUUCCCUGGCUCCCUGCUCCUGGGGCCCAGCACGACCGCACAGGCCAUCCAGCCAGGGAAUUCUGAAGACUGGAGAGCAGCCCCCUGCCUAGGCAUCAGGAACACCCCCUCCCCUCCUCAGAGAGCUGCUCUCAAGUAGACAUACCUCUCUGGCUUUCCUCUGGUUCUCAUUUCCAGAGCAUAAGUCUGUCUUUGAUCCCAACUGGUGACCACCCUGCAUGAGGGGAACCUGAGCCUGCCAUCAGGCUCCCCCAUACCUCAGGCUGUGGUAGGAGUGGAGCCCCUUACUCUGGCCCCACAUCUCCAAGCCUACUCCUUCCAGUACAGAGAAGGAGGUGGGCCCUUGAGCCAGCACAGGUCAUGGACUGACCUGGACUAAGACCAUGCAGGCCCCUGUCUAGACACUGCCUCCCCACUGUCCACUGGGCUCCAGGGCCCCUCGCCUGGGCUGGGACUGGGGAGGUUAGGAGCCCUCUUUCUGGAGCUCUUGAGAACCACAGACCUCAGGGGCUAAAGUGAACCAGGGGUGGACAAGGUGGAAAGAAGAGGGAGGUAGGGGCAGUUCCAUAUUCCUUCCUGCCUCUGGCUGGGGGGUGGGUAAGGGCUUUGGGUUAACAGAAGGAUUUGUGGGAAAGGGGCAGAGAUCAUCUGGACCCUGAGGGGAAAGGAAACCUGAGCACACACUACUUUGGAAAAUCAUUCUAUUUUAAACACAUAAUGGGAACGAAAACCUCCCUUGUCCCUAAGUUGAGAGCAUGAGGAACAAGCCUGCUGCUUGUCCUCCUCUCUCCCCAGUCACCCACCCCCAAGAGAAAGAACAGUGUGCAUGUGUUGCCCCCUGCACCAGGAGAGGCCCCUGACAGGGACAGGCCUCUUCUGAUUCUCUCACUCAUGCUCCUGAAAGUUGGAAGCACAAUUUUCCUCCCAAGUGGAGGAAAGGGAAAGGCCUGAGCCUACUGAAGAGGUGUUUAUUUUUUAACGCUAACAGCCCCCAUGCCCCGUUUAAACUCACAGGACCAGUCUGAGGACUGCUGAGAACCCACUCCUGGAUGGGUGGGUAGGAUUCAGUCCAGCAACCUAACGUUCAAAAAAUAGCAUUGGCUGCCGAUUUUGAAAUGGAUUUAACUUCCCACAGCAUUCGUGAAACCAUCCAGUGGGAUCCUGUCUGUGAGAACCCUGAGACACCUUGCAAGACGUUCCCCAGCCUCUUACACUUUCGAUGGUGGCUCUGGAAUCAACCCCUCAGAGCCAAGUGGGGGUGGUGCAGGAGAGAAGGGAGGAGGUGUGCACAGGGCACCCACCAAACGAGUGAAUUUAUGCCCAGGCACGGCACUGCCUCACUCACCAAAACCAGCCCUGAAUGCUCAGGUCAGCCUGGCUGGUCUUAGGCCACCUUCUUAGCCAAAAACCCAGGGCUCAUUUUUCAGGAAAUUGAUAAUGAACAACAAAAUGGGAUAUCCUCUCUCUGUUUUUGUUUUUGUUUUUUGGCAGAUGCUAUUUCUGUUGUUUCCACCUAAUAGCCUCUCUCUUAGCUGCAUGUGUAUUUAUUUAUAAUUAUAAUCCUGGUGGACUGCAGCUUUCAUCUUUGUUGGGAAUGAGUUUUUUCCAAAUCAGAGCUGGGUCCAUGACAACAAUUUGUUUCCCAGACCCAGUCUGUUCCUGCUCCCCACCACAAAGGAGUGAGGCUGGGGGCUCAGAGCCCCGAGAACAGAGCCUGGGGGGGAGGGCAGAGCCCAUGCAGCUGCACCAUCUGGUCUGUUUUAAUUUAACUGUAUUUAAUUUGUUUCCAAAAUUAAAAGUCAAACAUGGUUUUUAACAGCCCUAAUCUUCUGCAGCCCUGCCUUACUUUAUUCUCAGAAACUGUCUUA